GGCAGGCGGGGGCGUGCGCGUGCACAGGCGACGUGCGGAGGGACGAGGGAGAGGAACGGGGCUGCCGCCAGGUCUGCUUCUGGUCCACGCUGCCUGUCGCGCUGCCCGUCCAGCGUCCGCCGCCAUGGGAGUGCAUGUGGAGACCAUCUCCCCCGGAGACGGGCGCACCUUCCCGAAGCGCGGCCAGACCUGCGUGGUGCACUACACGGGGAUGCUUGAAGAUGGAAAGAAAUUUGAUUCUUCCCGGGACAGAAACAAGCCCUUUAAGUUUACUCUAGGCAAGCAGGAGGUGAUCCGAGGCUGGGAAGAAGGGGUUGCCCAGAUGAGCGUGGGUCAGAGAGCCAAACUGACUAUCUCCCCAGACUAUGCCUAUGGUGCCACUGGGCACCCAGGCAUCAUCCCACCAAAUGCCACUCUCGUCUUUGACGUGGAGCUUCUAAAACUGGAAUGACAGGAAUGGCCUCCUCCCUCCACUCCCUGUACUUAGAUCUGCCAUGGAGGGAUCUGGCGCCUCCAGACACGUGCACGUGAAUCCGUAUGGAGCUUUUCCUGAUGUUCCACUACACUCUGUAAAAACAUCUACCCAGACUGAAUGUGUUCUGUCACUCAGCUUUGCUUCUGACAUCUCCAUUUCCUCUUCCCCUUUCUCCUCGUAUAUGUGUUGACUUAAACGAUAUGCCAUAAACCUCAAGUUAUAUUCAUUUUUGGUUUUGGUUUUGGGGUGAUGAUUCAGUUUCGGUCUUUUUGGACCUAGGUUUCCAGUUAAGUAUAUGUUCAGGUAUUAACAGCACAAACAAUGGGUUAACCUUAGAAUAGAAAUUGGUGUUUGGGGGGGAGGGGGGUGCAAGAACUUUAUUUUAUUAUUUUUUUUUUUGGAUGAAAUUUUUAUCUAUUAUAUAUUGAACAUUCUUGCUGCUGCGCUGCAAAGCCAUAGCAGAUCUGAGGCGCUGUUGAGGGCUGAAUCAUUCUCCAAGCUAAGAGAUGUCCUUGGGUUGAAUUAAAAGCCCUACCCAAAAUCGAAAUGGGUAAGGGGGGAGAGCCUUUGCCUCCACCAGCCCCACCUUCCCCUCCCUUCAAACCCUCUGCCUUUUGAAAGCAGAUAGUCUUCACUGCAGUGUUGGACACUACAGGUAUCUGUCCCCGGGCCAGCAGGGACCUCUGAAGCCUUUUUCAUGGCCUGGCUUAUUUUUUUUUUUUUUUUUCCAUCCUGUAGUUUUUCUAAUGGAUUUUCAGGACUUUUGUACUCUUCUCAUAGCUGUCAAAGCUUCACCACUUCCUAAAUCUUAAGGACUUUAAUCGAAAGUAUAAAUUGAAGGUGCUGUUUGUAGACAUUUAACACCCAAUGAAAGCCCAGCCAUCUUCACAGAUCCUUGAGUGUUCUCUUAAGAAAAUGAUGCUGGUCAUCACAGCUUCAGCAUCUCCUGGGUUUUUUGUUUUUGUUUUUGUUUUUUGUCGCUCAGCCCCUGCUGCUGAUCUCAAAGUUCCCUGGCUUUUCCUUCCCCCUCUCACCCCUUUGCUGACCUGUGUAGAGAUUUGGUGAGAGAGAUUGUUGCUGCCCCCCUACCCCACCGCACCCUCCCAUCUCCUGCACCACAUAUGAGUUUUGAGUUAUUACUGCAAUAAAAGUGCUUUAUGCUGGCUUUUCUCA